CACAAGGCGCUUAUGGUAUUUAAACCGAAGUGGACAUCUCCCUUACUGAAGAAUAAAAAACUACACGAUGCUUAGACAACCAACCAACCAACCAACCAUCGACCUUUUUCACAGUUUGAUUUGUUUGAUCCAGCGGGAUGGGUCUGUCUCUCACGGUGAGCUGAGCUGAUUCAGUCCUGGACAUUAACAGCUUUUAUUUUUUUAUAUAAUCGUCACCAUCCAGAUCUCCAGAUGUGCAUCUAAGAAGACAGCGACGGCAUUAAUGGACUUUUCGAUGCGGUAUUAUUUAUUUGUUGCGAGCUGACGCUGUUGGGAGUGUUCUGUCUGGAUACUGUGGGUUUGUUCUGAUGUUUGAUACGAAACACCUGUAGCUGAACCCGCUAUCUGUAUGCACACAGUCUCUAGUGUACUGGACAAUUCCACACAAACAAACAGAAAGGUUUUGAUACACAUCUAUUUUCUGCAGGCAGGGAGGGCUGCUCUCUCUGACGCCGUCGGCCCAUCUAAUCUCGAAUGCAAAAGAGCAAAAGGUAAAGCCAUUUACUGGUCCGUUAAUAUCUAAGCUUCUCUCUCUCGGCUCUCUGUGCUGCUCGCAGACAGGAACAUGGAUAGAGAGGAAUUCGCUGUGUCAAGAGCAUUGACUGGAUUUGUACGGAUGGUGUUCUCUCGUCCAAACUAAAAAAAAAAAGACAGUCGAGUCGAGCUCAACCACCGACCACCUUGCGUCGGGCGGUUCGUGAUCACCAUCCCUUUUUUACGCACCGCUUUUUUAAUUAAUUGAAUGUAUUUUUUAAUGUAGCUGGGGAGAUCAGAGGUAGGCCUAUAUUUUAAAAUAAAAAACAACCAUGGGAGGCACAGAUGAGUGUAAAACCAUGCUGGACGCUCUGAACAAAGUGACGGCGUGCUACAGGCACCUGGUGAUCGCGCUGGGCAGCACGUCGGACUCUCAGAACCUGCGAGAGGAACUCAAGAAGACCCGGAAGAAAGCCCAGGAGCUCGCGGUCGCCAACCGGAAUAAACUGACCGCGCUGCUCAAAGACAAGACCACCAGCAAGGACGACCGGGCUGAGUACGAGAGGCUAUGGGUGGUGUUUACCAGCAACAUGGAGCUGCUGGAAGUGGACAUGAAGCGGAGCCUGGAGAUAGGGCAGGAGUUCCCUCUCAAGGUGCCCACCAGACACCUCAUCCAGACGGGCAUGACCGGUAGCACCACCACGGUGGCCGCCAGGGCCAUGUCCGUGCAGAACAUGAAAUACGACGGGGACAGCAACAUCGACACUGCCGACCUGAAGGAGCUCCAGGCUGAGAUCACCCAGGUGGGCCAGAUGAUGGAGGAGAUGGAGAUGAAGGUGCAGGUGGCUCCGUGGGCCGUGGAGGCCAAACAGGAGGCAGGCGCCGAGCUCAAAUCCACCCUGAGCGUCGGGAACUCCUCCGUGGGCGUCAUUUCCAUCUGUGAAGAGGAGCCCAAAGACGAGAUGGACGAAGGUGGCGACAAUAACGGAAUGAUCACGUGUGUCGCCGGGUUCAUAUUCGUCGCUAUUGUAGUAGUCGCCGGGAUUCUAGGAUACUUCGUAAUCGGCGGAUAGGAUACUUAGUAUUGAACGUUUUGAGCCAGCCUGGGAUUACUUCACAGAUAAACAGCGGGAGCGGCUCAGAGACAGAUACAGCCCGGGAUGGACACUGGGCAGGUUAUUUGCCCCGGAGAAACGGCUCUGUUGUUGAGGAGAAAGAGACCGGCGCCUCCCGAGACAUAGAUGAGCUGUCCAGUUUGCUGAAAACUAUUACGCUUGCGUCCCAAUGGCACACGAGUCCCUAAAUAGUGCGCUACUUUUGACCAGAGCCACUGCAAGGAGUUAUUAGAUAACUGCAACAUUAUCUCUCAGCCUCACAAUAAUAAUAAUAAUAAUAAUAAUAAUUUAUUCAGCUUCUAUAGAUAUUUUCAUUACAGAUAGAAUCUCACAAUGCUUGAAACGAAAAAGAAACAAUCAUCAUAUUAAAUGUAUAGCCUUUGUAGCUACAUAACAGAGAGUAGGUCUGGACAACGCCAAUUGUCAGCUAGAGUUGUACGUUUUGGGUGUUUCAAGCCUCCAACAUAUGGAGCGACAGUCGAGAGGGAUCCACAUAGCUUGAGCUACAGUGGUCCUCUGUAGCUCAGCUGGUAGAGCAUGGCGCUUGUAACGCCAUGGUAGUGGGUUCGAUCCCCGGGAC